AGUUCUCCCCUUUCACCUGUUCGCUCAUCAUCAAACAUUGUUCCGCAGAUCAUCGGCUUAGUUGGGGCGGGACCUCGCCUGUUCUGUUUGCUUUGCCAACUACAGGAUCGAAGACAGACUAGUUAUUCAUCGACCUGUAUUCAACAACUCUUCAUUAUUUCGGGAGGAACGCCUCAACGAAACUGGGUGUGGCUAUUACCGAUUAGUCGCGUAAUCCUUCGCUGGAAACAGAGGUGCUGGAGUCAGAUUGGCCCCCGGUUUGUUGCCAAUAUUAUCACGCUGUAAUCUGUUACAUACAUAUUGCUGCGCCCCGAAUCACCACCACAGUAGAGUGGUGACUUUCCCCUCACCCUGACUUCUCGGAUCCGACUUUCGCCAUUGAACAUGCCGAUGUGAACUGGCCUAUACUCUAGGAUUAUCUCUUAUUUUGUUGACUUACGCACCCGAUAGAACCGUGGUGACUUCGACAUCUGAGAGUCAUAUCACAAUGCUGCUCCCUGAGCCAGCGGUGAGCCUAACAGGCAGCUGCACAACUAUCUUCAACAAUACUCUUUAUUCAUAUUCUGCGGCCGGAUUUCAAUCGCUCAAAUUAGAAGAAGGUGCCGCUUGGAAGAAACUAAGCAGCGGCAAGUCGGUGGACGGUGGAGUAUGCGUUGGAUCAACCCCAAAAGAUGCUUCGGUCGCGGGUUUGUUCAUUGUGGGUGGAAAAUCCAGUCAAACCGACUAUCCGGGUCUUCAAAAGUUCACAUAUUCCACGGGUAAGUGGGAAACAAUAACACCACAGGUUACCGUGACGAAGGAUAGAGUCUACCACAGUGCAACCUAUCUCAACAAUACCGAAUCUAUUCUUAUAUAUGCCGGCACGACGGACGGAGUUGAGAAUUUAUCCCAACAAACAUUCACGAUCAGCACUUUGGAGCCCUACGGCGUGUUAGCAUUCCAAUCUGACAUCUCUCCACCGGGCGUUGCGCCCCUUCUAUUACCUUGGUCAGAGACGCAAGCCGCGCUAAUUGGUGGCAACCCUUGGAAUACGCAAGUCAUGCUUUUCGAUACGACUGUGAAUGUUAAUGGAAUCAGCGGAUCAUGGAUUGAUUCUGGAGUUACUUUAGCUGAACCUCUCUCCAAGAACACGACCACAGUGAAGGCUACAAUUAUUCGGGCCGAUGACGGAAGCAAGCAUUUAUACACUUUCGAUCUCACCACUCUGCCAAAUGUGGUGAACAGGACAGUAUUGAUUGACGCAGUUGGAGCGCCCGUGAUUCUAUCUGCACCGGUUAAGUCUACUAUUACAGACACAAAUGCAAAGGUAGAUGGGAAAGCUGUUGAUGAAAGAGAUCUGCUAGCCAAUAACUGGCCACCUUACAAUGCGACAUACGCACCCCAAAGCACAAGAGAACGUUAUUCAAUAGCGACUGAUUCGAAAGGCCUGGUCGUCAUGUCUGGUGGAAACGAUGUCGACAUAUUAUGCAUGUUCAAUGCGAAGGCAAACACAUGGGAAAAUGCCACGGCUAUCCUUGGUGCAGAAUCGCUUUCUGUUCUAUCGACGCCCUCCUCGGCAACCACAACUUCGACGUCCCAGCCCUCAUCAACCAAUCGUGUGAUAAACGCAGAGACGACCAGUCCUGUCCCUCCCGUUACACCUGCUGGAAUGCCCGGCUCUUCAAAGUCUUCAUUGCCCUCAACUACUAUUCUCGGCAUAGUUCUCGGCUCGAUCUUUGGUGCAGCUCUUAUACUUGCUUUGAUACUAUUGUGGCUAAAGCGACGCCAACGAAGACAGAGCUUCGCUGAGAUUGGGCAUGCUCGAAGAGCUAGUGGGAUACCAGAGAAGAGUCUUUUCUUUGAGGACUCUGCCAAAGCCUCGGGCGGCUAUUUUGGAGGUCACAAUCAACAAGACUCACAAGGUUCGUUCUCGUCGAUGGCUAUGUUCCUCGGCAAGAGCCCGAAGCCAGCUAUCCAACGUAAAGGCAGCGGUGAGAAGCGACGGAUAUCGAGUGGCAGCGUGUACGGCAAAGACAUCAAGCAAACAAUCAGCCGGCCUCAACCGCAAAUGACCACUCAGCCGCCAUUCCUGAACCAGACGGAAAAGAUUGUUAUGCCACCUGAACCUGCACAACCGAAGCCUCGAUCGAGGCUACCAGUCAAUACAGACAGUGAAUUACGUAGGAGUUCGGGUUGGAAUCGAUAUUGGUCGGGUGGAAGCGCGAGCAUCAUGGGAUUUGGGGGCAGUAGCAAAUCGCGGCGUGAUACGGAGGUCUCUGAUGAGAGCUCGCAUUAUUCCGACGCGCACCGCAUGACACAAGAUUCAGCGACAGUCCCGCCGUUGCAAGUACCAGCCGAGGGACGGCCGUCGUUUCACCAAGUGAACUCAGGCAGCCCAACGAUAUCCCAGUAUGAGCCAAGAUUCAGCGAGGGUCUGUCGGGCCGCAUUGAACGGCCGGUUUCCGCAGUAUCCGCCGUCUCCUCCUCGGGCUAUUCGAGCGGCAUACCUCCCAGCGUACAUGAGGCAUGGGAUCCGACCGUGCCACCAAAGCCCUGGGGCACGGAUCGUGCCCCAAGUAGCGCAUAUAGUAGUUAUACUGCUAGCGAUAGCUUGUAUCCGACUGGCCUGGCAGCACCUACAGCUAGUCGGUCGGCAACGGGCGUGGGUAUAUCAAAGCAACCUCAAUUAGCCGUAGCCGCCGUAUCUACUGAUAUGAGCUGGCUCAACUUAGGGGAUAACGACAGGUCUAAUAGCAAUAAUCCAUCCUACAGGUAGAGCUACUGGUGGCCUGACGCGCAAUUCUCUCUCUGCUUCCC